CAGACUCAGCCACCUCAGAGACAAAAACAAAAAAGCAGACGGAGGAAGAGCCAUGGUGUCAGCGGGCUUCCAAAUCCUGGGCGCCGCCCUGGGGAUCCUCGGCUGGAUCGGGGCCAUCGUCACGUGCGCCCUCCCCAUGUGGAGGGUGACGGCGUUCAUCGGCAGCAACAUCGUCACCUCGCAGACCAUGUGGGAGGGCGUGUGGAUGAGCUGCGUGGUGCAGAGCACGGGGCAGAUGCAGUGCAAGGUCUACGACUCCAUGCUGGCGCUCACCUCCGACCUGCAGGCCGCCCGCGCCCUCAUGGUCAUCUCCAUCGUGGUGGGCGUCAUGGCCAUCCUGCUGGCGGUGGCCGGGGGGAAAUGCACCAACUGCGUGAAGAACCCGGCCUCCAAGACCAAGGUGGCCAUCGCCGCCGGCGCGGUCUUCAUCAUCGCCGGCGUCCUCUGCCUGGUCCCCGUGUGUUGGACGGCGCACAGCGUGAUCCGAGACUUCUACAACCCGCUGGUGGUCAGCGCCCAGAAGAGAGAGCUGGGGGCGGCGCUCUACAUCGGCUGGGGGGCGGCCGCCCUGAUGAUCAUCGGGGGAGGCAUGCUGUGCUGCAACUGCCCCGCCAAGGGCGAGGAGUCCUACACGGCUCGCUACAGCGCCGCGCGCUCCGAUGCCUCGGCGCCGGCGUCCGGCAAAGACUUUGUCUCACAAGCUCCGCCCCUCGACGUCGUACGAGACCGAGAGUCGGCAGCAAACAUCACUUUGGAUCCCCAAGCGUCGGCGAUGGCGUCUCAGGGCCUCCAGAUGCUGGCCGUGCUGCUGGCCUUCAUGGGCUGGUUGGGCGCCAUCGUCACGUGCGCCCUGCCCAUGUGGCGGGUGACGGCGUUCGUCGGCGCCAACAUCGUGACGGCGCAGGUGAUCUGGGAGGGCCUGUGGAUGACCUGCGUGGUGCAGAGCACGGGCCAGAUGCAGUGCAAGGUCUACGACUCCAUGCUGGCGCUGCCGCAGGACCUGCAGGCGGCCCGCGCCAUGGUGGUGGUCUCGGUGAUGGUGGGCGUGUUGGGCGUUCUGGUGGCGGCGGCCGGCGGGAAGUGCACCAACUGCGUGGAGGACGAGACGGCCAAGGCCAAAGCGUGCAUCGUGGCGGGCGUCAUGUUCGUCAUCGGCGCCCUGCUCGUCAUGAUCCCCGUGUCGUGGUCGGCCCACACCGUCAUCCGGGACUUCUACAACCCGCUGGUGACCGCCGCUCAGAGGCGGGAGCUCGGCGCCGCGCUCUACAUCGGCUGGGGCUCGGCCGCCAUGCUGCUGCUGGGGGGGGGGAUUCUCUGCAACAACUGCCCCCCCAGCGACAGGCGCCCCUACGCGCCCGCCAAGUUUGUGUCCGCCAAGAGCGCCUCGUCCAACGUGGACUACGUAUGAGAAGACGGUAGAAGA